AUGGCUCCUCCACGCGUAGCCCCAUUCUCUGAGCCCCUCAUCCCUCAGCUUGACCUUCCCACCAACCCCUACUACACAUCAAAACACCACCGUCUCCGCGGCUGCGUGCGGCACUUCGUAGACACCGAGCUCGCGCCCCACGCGCAAGAAUGGGAGACGUUCGGGCAGGUCCCGGAGUCGGUCCGGCUUUCGUUCUGCAAGCAAGGGUUCGCGGUCGUUCAGCCCGUUCGCGACCCAGCUGACGCUGGCGGUGUGCUGUUGCCAGCGGGAAUCCCGUAUGACGAAUGGGAUACGUGGUGCAGCAUUAUCGUGGCUGAUGAAUUGAAUCGCAUGGGGUGGUGCGGGGUCAUUUGGGGGUUGUCGGGCGGGAACUCGAUUGGGUGCCCGCCUAUCGAGCGGUUCGGCACGUUGGAGCAGAGGCGACGAUGGCUGCCGAAAGUGGCGAGAGGAGAGAUCAGGUUCUGUUUAGGCAUUACGGAGCCUGGUGCGGGAAGUGAUGUGGCCAACAUCGCAACUACUGCGGAAAGGAGAGGCAAUGUGUAUGUGGUUAAUGGGGCCAAGAAGUGGAUUACCAACGGGAUCUGGGCCGACUAUUGCACGACCGCUGUGAGGACCGGGGGCCAAGGACAUGGAGGAAUUAGUGUUCUCGUCGUGCCAUUGAAAGCAGGGGGGGUGAGCAGAAGGAGGUUAGAGAACUCGGGGGUGCACGCAAGCGGCUCUACCUACAUCACUUUCGAGGAUGUUGAAGUCCCUGUUGAAUAUCUAAUUGGUGGCGAGAAUCAGGGCUUCGCGAUCAUCAUGUCCAAUUUCAACCCCGAGAGGCUCGGCCUGGCCACAGCGGCACUUCGUCUGGCACGAGUGUGCGCACAAGAUGCAUACUUCUAUGCGUGCGAGAGGGAGACGUUCGGCAAGAAAUUGAUCGAGCACGCUGGCAUCAAAUCCAAGAUCGCAACGUUUGGGCUGCUAAUUGAACCAGUCCAUGCAUUCUUAGAACAGCUAUGCUUCAUCAUCGAGUCGUCCCGAGUUAGUGGCCGGGAGGUCAACGUUAGCGGCAUGACGGCGCUGUUGAAAGUCAUGAGUACCAGGUGUCUGGAAAAGGUCUGCCGAGAGGCUCAGCAGGUCAUGGGCGGUGCCGGGUACUCCAAGAGCGGCCGUGGUGCCAGAAUCGAGCAAAUAAGCCGAGAUGUGCGUGUGUAUGUUGUCGGUGGCGGAAGCGAGGAGAUUAUGUGCGAUCUAGCCGUACGGCAAGAGGCGAAGGAUGUGCGGUUUCGUGCUGAGCGUUCGAAGUUGUGA